CACUCAGUACGUUUCACCUAACAUAACCACAAAAUUAUAAGUGCACAAAUCACCAUUAUCGUUUAAUUUGCUCCCAAAAAUGUUUAAAAAACCAUUCAAAGUAAAAUCCAACACGCAGAUUAAAAGCUCAGAAAAAAAAAGUUUAAAAGACUUACUCAUAAAAAAGUUUCCACUGCUAACUGAGACAGAUGUGGAAGAAAUCCUGCCUAAAAAGGAGACAGCUUUUGUGUCAAAGGUCCUCACAGCCACAAGCAAACAUGUUAUGGUUUACACUGUCCAAAAGAGAGCCAUACUCUUCUCAAUUGAUGAUCUGUUCUAUCCAACAGUUUAUCUCCUCUGGAAAUAUCCCAAUCUUGGAAUAAUAUUUACAACUAAUGACUUUGUGAUAGGCAAGGUAUUACAGGGAGCUGAUUUAAUGAUGCCUGGAGUUUAUGUUAAUCCAGCUCUAAAGCAGGAUUUCUUGCAAAAGCAGCCUGGGAUUGUAAAUAAUGUAAAUAACAAGGCUGCUGUUGCUGUUGGUGCAAUUGCAAUGUCAUCAACACAAAUGAGAACAGCACAAGGUGGGAAAUGCAUUUUGGUAUAUCAUUGUCAUGGGGAUAAAUUGUGUUCCAUGGAGGAUAUGAAUGUUUUGCCAUUACCACAACUUGGUCCAGUUGAUUUUGAGUCUGGGGAUAGUGUUAAUCAGAAAAUAGGAUUAGAAAAUGUGGUACCAGAAGUUUCUAGGCAACUUGAUGAUAAAGAAUUUCCGCCUUUGGGUGGUUCUACAGCUAAAAAUAAUGAUGAACCCAUAAAAAGUGUUGAUUUAUAUGUUGAAGAUAUUGAAAACUUGACUGUAGAAACAACAGAGGGCGCUAGUGUAGAUACUGAUAUACAAAGCGACACCAAUGAAGAAAUUGUUGAAGAAAAUGGAUUAUCAGAAGUGGAACAAAUGGAUAUUCUUCUAGAAAAAUGUUUCCUAACUGCAAUAAAAUACAGCAAAACACUGGAAAUCCCUAUGUUAACUUCAUCUUUCUAUAAAUUACAAAUGAUUCCAGUUUGUCCAGAAGGAAAAGUUUUGGAUGUUAAAAAAUCAUCACAUAAAAAAGUUGGACAAUUUCUUAAAGCUAUGGAAAAGGAAGGAUUGAUAACAAUUAAGGAAAAGAAAAAAGGAGUUGAGACACUUGAAGGCAUCAAUAAGGAACAUGAAAGAUUUAUUUCCUUCUAUGUGGAUCUUGAUAGUCGUCCACGAAAAUCCACCCAAGCAGAAGAUACUUCCCAGACAAGAAACAUUGUUGAAUCUUACGCUGUUACUCAAGCGGUACUUCCUCUAUUCAAAGAAUUCGGUGUUCAUAAAAGUGAAACGAUGACGACGUCUGAAAUCAAGAACUACGUCACUACCUACGUGAAAAACCACAAUUUACAAGACACUUUUAAUAAGCGUUUUGUUAAUGUGGAGAAUAACGCCGUGUUGAGCGCCAUCUGCCAGAACGAGAUUGCAGUGACAUGGGAGGAUCUCCUCGACAAAGUAACUUCGUCAAUGAAAUCAUGUUUCCAGAUUUCCACGGCUGACGAGCAGACAAUGAACAAGGGAAAAAUACCGAUGAUUAUUAUGUCGACGCAAACUCGCUCCGGUAAUAAAAAGGUUACCAUUGUGGACAAUCUUGAGUUGUAUCAUAUUAAAAUGUCGGAAUUUGCGAAAGAGUGCCAACAUGGUGUCGCUGCAAGUACGAGCAUAAGUCGACCGAAUGGUAAGAAAAGCGAUCAGAUCUUGAUUCAAGGCAAUCAGAUUCUAUUUGUUUAUAAUUUAUUGAUCGAUAAGUAUAAGAUACCGAAGAAGUAUAUUCGCGGAUUAGAAUUUGCGCCGAAGUCGAAAAAGUGAUUGCGAUUUUAUUUUUUUAAAUAAAGACAAGUAUUUGAUUGAAA